AUUAUGGCAACCCUUCGUCCGGGUUGAAAACUAAGAAGCUGCUUCUCCUCUAUCGCGCCCUUCUCUGUUUUCGCUACCUCUGAUUUUGCCGCCGUCACGUCUCGCCGCCGCUGGAUCUCGCCGUCGAUCCUCUCUGUCUCCUGUGGUGCGUCCUUUCCUAUCUCAGGUUGGACAAAUCUCUAACUUCAAGCAUGUCUGGAGAAGAGGAAGAAAAUGCUGCAGAGCUUAAAAUUGGGGAUGAAUUCUUAAAAGCUAAGUGUUUAAUGAAUUGUGAAGUUUCUUUGAUCCUUGAACACAAGUACGAGCAACUUCAACAAAGGGCUGAGGAUCCAACGAAUCAAGUUUCUCAAGUAUUUGAAAAGUCAUUACAGUAUGUGAAACGCUUCAGUCGCUAUAAGAACCCGGAUGCUGUUAGACAAGUCCGAGAAAUUCUAAGCAGAUAUCAACUAGCUGAGUUCGAGCUAUGUGUUCUUGGUAACCUUUGCCCUGAAACUGUGGAGGAAGCUAUUUCCGUAGUUCCAUCUUUGAAGACUAAAGGAAGGGUACAUGACGACGAAGCAAUAGAGAAGAUGUUGAAUGAUCUUUCAUUAAUCAAAAAGUUUGAGUAGUUAGCUUUCUAAAACUUGGUUAAAUGUGUUUUAAUCCAUUCUUUACAUUUUCUCACCUAAAACAAUUAGAAAAUUUUACCCUUCUGAUCACAUUUUUAUAUAUGGAUAAACUUUGUAAAAUGAGAUCCUUGCUCAAGAUGUCCAAUUUCUCAGUGGGACAGAUCUCUGUGGAGUCCCGCCUCGGACUCUGCAAGUUUUUGAUUAAACAGGAAUAGGGAGGGAGUGGAGAAAUUUUUAUUCCACGAACUAACGCAGAUUGGGACGAAAAAUGCAUUCCUCAUUCCUAACCUGUCUGGUUAGGCUCUAU